AUAAAACAAUUCAGUCAUAAUGAAACAAUGACUAUUCUGUGAUAAAUGUGAUUAAUAAUUAAGUAUUAUUUAAAAGUGUUCAAGUGCUUAACAAAAUGAGAAAAUCUUUAAUAAUACAAAUUUUGUCAACUGCUGUGGUUGCCUUUCAAGCCAGUAUGACUGGUGCUGCCAUGAGCUGGCCCUCCGUGACAGUAGACAUAUUCAAGUCAAACUCCACAGUUCUAUAUAGACCCAUGACACUGCUUGAGACAUCGUUGUUCGGAAGUCUCAUCAAUGUAGGAGGCUUGGUCACGGCACCGUUCUGUGGAACAGUUUUCAAUAUGUUGGGGCGGAAGUAUGGGUGCGUGUUUUUCGGUAUACCAUUCAUGCUAGGCUGGGCUAUAAUCUCCAUCACAUCCGACGUAAACUGGGUGUUGGUAGCCAUGGCGCUCUCAGGCAUCGGCGCUGGUGGCCAGGCUGUUUCUCCCAUCUUCAUAGCAGAGCUGGCUGAAGACUCUGUCCGGGGUGGACUGUCGGCUUGCUCAGGAACUGGGUACUUUUUUGGCAUCUUGGUGUGCUAUAUUAUCGGUGGAUACUUCUCUUACCGGACGAUGGUUCUUCUGCAGCUUUCGAUGUCAAUCUUGAGCAUUGCUCUUUUCAUGACUCUCAAAGAAUCGCCAGUGUAUUUAGUCCUUACUGGGAAAUAUGAGGAGGCGGCAAAAUCCUUAGCUUUUUACAGAUGGAUCGAUGUUACAUCGAAAGAAAUUCAAACUGAACUAGCGAAGAUCAAACGAGAUGUGGACCCGAGCCUUGAUGACUUGCUCGUACAGGAUAACAAAGAAUCUCAACCAGCUACAACUGUUGCUCUAGAAGAAAAUGCUCAAAAUCCAACUGGAAAAAAUACUCAAGAUAGUUUAAUAUCGCAAAUCAAUUUUUUAUGUAAUUCACGAUCCUCAAAACUGGCGUUGUUCAAAACUUCAACCCUGGUAUUCAUGUCGAUUAUGAUGGGAUCACUGGCUGUUCAAGUUUAUGCUGAACCCUUAUUCAAGCUGGCAGUGCCUAUGUUGCCGCCCAAUAUGUGUGCUAUCUUCUUGGCUAUCCUGUUUCUGGUAACCAGCAUACUUUGCGUGUUGCUGGUGGAUAGAUGCGGGAGGAAGAUGCUGAUCAUCGUCUCAUCUCUAGGCUCAGGGCUAUGCACCCUCUUGCUAGGCACGCAGCUGCAACUAAGCUGGGCUCCACACUGGUUCUCAGCGUUACUCAUAUACGCAUACAGUUUCGUUUACACACUCGGGGCUGCCGUCGUCCCGUUCAUCAUUAUGUCUGAAGUCUUCUUGCCCGAGGUCCGCGGCCUCUGCAACAGCCUCGUGACCCUCGUCCAAUGGAGCAUGAGCUUCAUCGGCCUCAUGUUGUUUGAGAUGCUUCAACCGGUCCUGGGUCCCGGCCCCAUCUUCUACGGGUUCAGUGUCAUCUGUUUCUCCUGCGUUCUGUUCACGUGGCGACUUGUACCUGAAACCAAGGGAUUGUCUGUGGAUCAGAUCCAAGAAGCGUUUUUGAAGAAUAAAUGAAUGAAAAAUGUUGUUAUUUCUAUUUCACUUAUUAACAAAUGGGUGCAGGGUUUUAUAAAAGACACAGAAAUCGAUUCCUGAUGGUUUUUAGGAAACGUGAAUUCGUUUUAUGUCAAACAGUGUGUAUAUGUCUCUUCGAAAAACUGCAGUCCCUCGUGGAUCCCAUCUUCCAUGCGUUCAGCGCCGUUUGUUUCUCCUGUGUUCUGUUCACAUGGCGACUUUUGCCAGAAACCAAGGGA